AUGCCCAAGCAGAGUUGUCCAUUCAUGGACGCUUCCCCUAUACAGCUCAAGGACCACAUGGGCCGGAGAGAGUUGAGCCACGGUGUGUUUGCCGAACACUACUCUCGCGAGGUCUUUGGUCUGCCUGGGACAGCACCCAUCGCUUGUUUAUCCUGCAUGAGAUCUGUGGAUGGGAAGGCAGUCUGCAGCCAGUGCGACUGGGCCCUGUGUGCACAAUGUAUAUAUACCUGCUGGGGCUGCCAUGCCCUGGCCUGUAUGCUGUGUGGCCUUGCAGACUAUACUGAUGACAGUGAGAAGGCGCUUUGCACCAGCUGUGCUAUGUUUGAAGCCUGA